AUAACGCAAAGGGGGACGAACGUGCAUAGCUGCCAAGUCUGAAUAUAUAACCCACGGCUGUCGAAGAAAGUCGCUCCUCGAAUCAAAGAAUCGUUUCCGUAAACAACAACUUACUGUAAAACUGGAAUUUGGCAUAUACUUGUAUCUCGCAAAAUCUGUAUAUCACCAGCGUACAUACCCAAACUACCGUUUCUUCCGCAUAUACAAACGUCCAUACCCUCCAAUCAUCGCACACCGUCCUCGUUAGAAACUUCGAAUCGAAGGAACAUCAAGAUGGCUCCCGCAGCCCCAAUCAUCGUCGCCGCAACCGGCUUAGGCGCCGUCGCCGCCUACUUCGUGACACGCAGGGACAGCACCCAGCAGCGUGCCCCAGGCAGUCUCUCCAAUCUCGCCAACAGCAGGUACACGCACGCCAACCCGGGCAGUCUGCAAACCCGCCCGGUUAGCUACCGUCACAAUGCAGACACCACUGCGCACUAUGGAACUGAGCAGAGGUGGGCACGCGAUGGAAGUGUCAUGGGCUCGUGGAAAAGCUACUAGGCUUGGGUGCGGCGAUGUGUGUUGAAAAAGCAAGACCUUGAGGCGUGACACCGCCGAGUACGCAGUGCACUUCUCAUUCUCUUAAGUCAUGAGGGAGCCCGCUUUCACUCGCCUCCCCCUCAUACUUGUUUCACCCAUCAUACUCGUUCAUUCUCGUGUUGCUUCGUGUAGUGCAUAAGCCUUGGUAUCUUUCUUGAAUACAAUCCUUUUUGGCUCCACCCAUCAACCCGUUCUCGCCUGAAUACUCUCAUUGUCCGUUUUUGGGGGAUGCACGGUUGUAAUUCGAGAUGAAAGUGGAAAAAAAGCGUUCCAAACGGUA